GCAUGAGUACUCUGAGAUUUAAGAGGGGGAGGUCUGCAGCUGCCCGGGGACUCUCUCGUUGUGGAAUAGCGCUUAUUUGCCAGGAAUGGUCAAAAAGUAUUUCUCAAGAAUAAUUUAGGUGGCACUUUCCGUCGCGAAGAGCGGUAUUUUCCUCCGGGGGUGUUUCGGUGGCCUGAGUUGGAGAAGUUCAGGACGCAGUUUUCUACAAAGUGAGGAGCGUUGAUCUCAUCGCGUGCGAGACGUGUUGGGAUAAAGGAGGAGGAGGAGGAAAAAAAGCUGCACCCGCUUACUUUCCUCGGACCUGAUUAGCUUAGUGUUGCGCUGUGAAUGAGGUGCGGCUGAUGUCCCAGGCAUCUGAAUGGAGUUCCAGUCGAGUAAAAGCCAACAGCUGUAGCUCCCUCAGCAGGAUGCUGAUGAGGCCAAGUGCACUUCUGUUUCUGACGUUCUUCACCCAAGUGUUAAGGACCCAUUGCCGGCCUGCUAACACAGAAGAUGUCUCUGUGGAAGCGGAGCAGUUCACCCUGUAUCCCGGGAAGCGCUUGGAUCUGAGUUGCACACCCAAGGAUUCGCCCCACACCGUUAACUGGACUAAAGACCAUGUUGCUGUCGUGGACGGAGAGCACACGCGCAUUCGCAGCGGCCAGCUGGAGAUCGAGGCGGUGGAGCCGACCGACUCUGGCCUGUACGCGUGCACCACCUUUGGCAACCACAGCGUCUACUUUAACGUCACAGUUGAUCCUUUGGCUUCAUCUGAAGAUGAUGACGACGAGGAAGAGUCUUCAUCAGAGGAAAAUAAACUGUUGACCAGCGAGAAGCUGAUGCCAAUGGCCCCGCAAUGGGCCCAUCCAGAGAAAAUGGAGAAAAAGCUUCAUGCUGUUCCAGCCAGUAAGACCGUGAAGUUUCGAUGCCAGGCCAACGGCAACCCAGCUCCCAAUCUGAAAUGGUACAAGAACGGGAAGGAGUUUAAAAGAGACCAUCGCAUUGGAGGCUUCAAGCUCCGGGACCAUGUGUGGACCAUCAUCAUGGAGUCUGUAGUACCCUCUGAUAAGGGAAACUACACCUGUGUGGUUGAAAACCAGUAUGGCAGCAUCAAUCAUACCUAUCAGCUGGACGUAGUCGAACGCUCUCCCCACAGGCCCAUCCUGCAGGCUGGCUUGCCAGCCAAUCGUACUGCAGUGGUUGGCAGCGAUGUGGAGUUUGAGUGCAAAGUGUUCAGCGACCCUCAGCCUCACAUUCAGUGGCUGAAACAUAUUGAGGUCAAUGGAAGCCGCGUUGGUCCCGAUGGUUUACCCUAUGUCCGUGUCCUGAAGCAUUCGGGGGUCAAUAGCUCGGACGCUCAGGUGCUCACCCUCUACAAUGUGACUGAGGAGGAGAGCGGAGAGUAUAUAUGUAAAGUGUCCAAUUAUAUAGGGGAGGCCAAUCAGUCGGCAUGGCUGACUGUCAUCAAAUAUGACCCUGCAGCCGUCACACCGUACCCCCCAGCCAGCAGCACCUACUUGGAGGUGGUAAUCUACUGCGUGGGCUUCUUUCUAAUCGCCAUCAUGAUCACCAUUGUAAUUAUCCUCAAGAUUCGGGCCUCCUCAAAGAAGAGUGACUUCAACAGUCAGCUGGCCGUCCACAAGCUGGCCAAAAGCAUUCCUCUGCGCAGACAGGUAACAGUGUCAGUGGACUCGAGCUCCUCUAUCCACUCUGGAGUGAUGCUGGUUCGUCCCUCCCGCCUGUCCUCCAGUGGCACUCCAAUGCUGACGGGAGUAUCCGAAUAUGAACUCCCACAGGAUCCCCGCUGGGAGAUCCCCAGAGACAAACUUGUUCUCGGUAAGCCUCUGGGUGAGGGCUGCUUCGGCCAGGUGAUGAUGGGGGAGGUUCUGGGUCUGGACAAAGAGAAGCCAAACCGAGUGACCAAGGUUGCGGUGAAAAUGUUGAAAUCUGACGCUACAGAGAAAGACCUGUCAGACCUGAUUUCAGAGAUGGAGAUGAUGAAGAUCAUCGGGAAGCACAAGAACAUCAUUAAUCUGCUGGGAGCCUGCACGCAGGAUGGUCCCCUGUACGUCAUAGUUGAAUAUGCAUCCAAGGGCAACCUUAGGGAGUACCUGCGAGCCCGGCGCCCUCCGGGAAUGGAGUACUGUUACAACCCAGACCAGGUUCCUGUGGAGACCAUGUCCAUCAAAGACUUGGUGUCCUGUGCUUACCAAGUGGCUCGAGGCAUGGAGUAUUUGGCGUCCAAAAAGUGCAUCCACAGAGACCUGGCAGCUCGCAAUGUGUUGGUGACUGAGGACAAUGUGAUGAAAAUCGCCGACUUUGGCCUCGCAAGAGAUAUCCACCACAUUGAUUACUAUAAGAAGACCACCAAUGGUCGUUUACCGGUGAAGUGGAUGGCUCCCGAGGCGCUGUUUGACCGGAUAUACACGCACCAAAGUGAUGUCUGGUCGUUUGGGGUGUUGCUGUGGGAGAUCUUCACCCUGGGAGGCUCUCCGUACCCUGGUGUACCAGUGGAGGAGCUCUUCAAGCUGCUGAAGGAAGGUCACCGAAUGGACAAGCCUUCCACGUGCACCCAUGAGCUGUACAUGAUGAUGAGGGACUGCUGGCACGCCGUGCCCUCUCAGAGACCCACAUUCAAGCAGCUGGUGGAGGAUCUAGAUCGAUGUCUGGCCAUGUCGUCCAACCAGGAAUACCUGGAGCUCUCUGUGCCUCUGGACCAAUACUCCCCCAGCUACCCCGAAACCCGCAGCUCUACCUGCUCCUCCGGCGAGGACUCUGUUUUCUCCCACGACGCAGGCGCAGAGGAGCCCUGCCUGCCCAAAUUUCCUCCUCACCCUAAUGGGGCAGCCAUUAAGAAACGUUGAGACCUCACUUUCACUCACAGACACUGACAUUUCCUCAGCUCCCUGCCUCAUGGGGUUGGACUUCUCCCCACACAUUCCCAGAGAUGAAGCUAAAAACAAAACAGAACUGGUCCUCUGCAAGAGAGAGAGAGAGAGAGAGAGAGAGAGGAGGACGGUGGCGCUGCGUCGGACGACCCGGACUGCACGCUGCAGCCGGUUCUUGGUGGCGGUGAUCUUCCGUGGGGCACUUUGUGUUGCCAGGAGAUGGGAUUUCUUGCUGAGUCGGAAAAAACGAGAAGACUCCCAGUUUUCUCUACACUUUGGGCAUUCCUCUGUUGGGUCGGGAGAACGGGACGGACUGUUGCUUCCUCCACCCUCCUUUUGUUUUUUUUCCUUAAUGGUCAUAAUUCUGCUUUUUGGACCAAAUCCAGAAACGUGCCACGCCCUCAUUCACUCACUACAUGUAAAUACAGUUAGAAAAUUAAAAAAAUAUGAAUAUAUAUAUUUACAAUGUACUCUUAUUUUUAUUACCAUAAUUGAUUUAUUGUCUUUUUGUACAAGGAUGGUAUUAUUUGGUCUGUUUUCUAAUAUUGUUCAGGGGGGGGGGGCAGUUGUUACAUGAGCUUAUUUUAAAUAACUGCAGAGGGUUUUGUGGCCACUUUUCUUCUACAAUUAUCAUUCCUCUGAAUUUCUCAAUGGAACUCUGUAAAUGCGUGUUGCCAGCUCAUCCUUGCAGUACAAACUAACUCGAUGCUUGGGCAGGGUUCCUCCUGAAGACUGGUCACGACUGUAAAUAAUCCUGGUGGGACGCCGGACCCAGCUGCCUUUGUCGACAUCGUGCACUUCCACCGUGCCUGACUUUCACGCGAUGAACUCUAUUACUGUAAUGUAAAUGCUUUAACGGGGGUUCCAUUCGCUGCCGUCGGGCGAGGGGGGGGGGUUGCAGAACACGUAUGUCACCGUAAAAAAGGAUUCCAUUAAAUAAAAUAUUAUUGUUAAACAA